AUGAGCAUUUUCUUCAGAUUGCUUGACCUCCCAGUAGAGCUGGUAAUGAUGAUCAUAGAGAAUUUUGAACACAAAGAAAGACUAGAAGUAUUGUCAACUUGCCGACUGAUCCGGAAGAUGGAUGAAAAAUACAUUUACUCGAGCUUAAAAACACCAAAUGUCCGCCUAUACAUCGAGACUGGAAUUGACGGCUACGAGAUGUGCUCAUUAACCAGGGACACAUUUGAGAAUAGCAUCGCUGUCUUGAAUGGCAUCGCAGCGGACGAGAAUCACAGAAAGCUCGUCAAAUCACUCAAACUGACCGCUUACUGCAAUUCCUUGCUAUCUAGAUCGGAUAUCUAUUGGCUGUCAAAAGAAUUGACGAGGACCUUCGCUCGCCACUUUGACGAGCAACUGGAGUCUCUUACCUACAUCAACACGUUCUACUGCGAGUUCGUCGAGAAAACACCAUUCAACUUUCCAAAUUUGAAAAAGCUGACGCUAGGAGAGUUGGGUGAUAAUUUCGCAUUCGACAAUUGGCUGAUGAACGCCCCCAAUCUGGAAAAAUUGGACAUUUUUUGCAUGGAAUGGAGCUAUGGUAUGUUAUCUCAUCAAGAUAUUUGCAGCUCAAGCAUCGAGAAGCUGGUUAAAAGGGAGUCUAAUUUCCGUCUGAGGAUAUUUACUUUUGAGAUGUGGCAUGCGCCUGAAGAUGCCAACGACAACGACAACGACAGGGAAGAGUCUUACGACGAGAUUGAUCAUUGGCACAGUGACUUGAUAAGGGCUAUAGCGGGCGUGUCAGAUUUCGAUGAUUUAAUGCCUUACGUCGAAAGGUACAAUGUUCGCGAGUACCAGAUGAUUCAAGGAUCGCUCAAAUUGAACAACUGCUACCACGCCUUAGGUCAUAGGUAG